AUGCUUCUCUCACUUAUAACCAUCGCGUCCUUGGUUGGAAGCUCGUUCCAAUACCCCAUAAAUCAGCCUAAAAUUGAUCCACUUGACUAUGUGGAUUUAUUUUAUGGAACCGAAAAUGGUGGGCACAUGUUCCCAGGUUCCACCCGGCCAUUUGGCAUGGCCAAACUCGGCGUCGACGGCAUUGACCCCAGCUUCGGAGAUGCAUAUUCCGGAUACACCCCUGGCGGUGUGAUUACGGGCAUUUCAAUGAUGCACGAGUCUGGAACUGGAGGUGCGCCAGAAUAUGGCUUAGUAUCGCAAUUGCCUAUAAUUGGCGAUUUUGACCCCAGUGUCGAGCACAACUUAACGCGGUCCUCUCAUGAUGUGGCCAAGGUGGGGUACUACAAUUUUAAUACCACCAGUGGCAUAGUGGCAGAAUUUGCUGCUGCUGAAAGAUCGGGUAUUCUCAAGUACACUUUUCCUUCAGGAACCUCGCCUCAACUUUUGGUCAAUGGAUCCCAUCACUUGUCUGCCCCCAAGCGGCCCUGGUGGACCCAAUACUUCGUGAAUGGGUCUAUUACUGCAGACGCUGACUUAUCGGGCUAUUCUGGUCAUACCACCUUGAAAGGAGGUUGGGGAGACCUGGACGCCUGGACGUUAUAUUUCGCAGCCAAAUUCGAUACCAGUGCGAGCUCAGUGAAAAGCUACGAGGCCAGCAAGGUUAGCGAGAAUAGUCUGCAAGCUUCUUCCACUACUCAAGAUGGCUCAUUCGGAUUGGUAUUCCUGUGGGAUCAAAAUCACAUUGUUCAGUCUAAGGUUGGUAUCUCGUUCAUUUCUGCUGAUCAAGCUCUUAAAAAUAUCGAUAACGAUUUGGGGUCCGAUUUCGACUUGGAAAAGACUGUCCAAGAUACCCAGAAGAUCUGGCAAGAUGAAGUUUUCAGCAAGAUCGACAUAUCCAGUGAAAAUGCUACCAUUGCCAGCUAUCUUUACACCAGUUUGUAUGGGGCGCAUCUUUUACCUAGCAACAGAACAGGUGAAAACCCCCAUUGGGAUGCGCCUGUAUACUACGACGACUGGUUCACAAUCUGGGAUACUUUCCGGUGUUUGAAUCCCUUGUUUAACAUUAUCAACCCAUCCAGAGGGUCGGAAUUGGUCAAGAGUUUAAUUGAAAUUUACAAACACGAUGGAUACACUCCUGACGGUAGAAGUGCCAAUCAAAAUGGAAGAACGCAAGGAGGCUCCAACUCGGAUAUUUUGAUGGCCGAUGCCUAUGUCAAGGGAAUCCAAGGAAUUGAUUGGGAUGAUGCCUUUGAAGCGAUGGUGAAAAAUGCAGAAGUCGCUCCUCCUUAUUGGCAUGAUUCGUUUGCACCUGAUGCUGAUACUAAAGAAGGAAGAGGUGCUCUUCCCGACUGGCUCAAGUACGGAUAUGUCACAAAUAACUAUACUCGCUCAUUGACAAGAACCAUAGAGUACUCCUAUGAUGACUUUGCUCUUUCUGUGGUUGCUAAGGGCCUCAAUAACCAAACUGCCUACGAAAAGUAUCUUCAAAGAUCCUCUAACUGGCAAAAGAUCUGGAAUUUCAAUGCCACUGCCAAAGGAAAAUCGUAUAAAGGAUUCAUUCAACCAAAAAAUGCCGAUGGUACAUUCAAUAGCACCAACUACGACCCUUUCGACUGCGGUAAGUGCUACUGGGGAGACCUUACUUAUGAAGGGAAGGCUGUGGAGUACGGAUGGGCAGUUCCUUGGGAUAUUGAGACUUUGAUCCUGUUUAUUGGUGGCAAAGAACUAUUCGUCACCAGAUUGGAUGACAUGUACAAAUUACACGGAACACAAGAGGUUGCUGAUGUUGGAAACGAACCAAGCUUCCUUACUCCGUAUCUUUACAACUUUGUUAAUGAGCAGUAUAGAAGUGUUGAAACCGUAAGUUGGAUAAUUGACACUUACUUCACCACUGGAAGUAAGGGGCUACCAGGAAAUUCCGAUGCUGGAGCCAUGCAAGCAUGGCUUAUAUUUGGACUCUUGGGCUUUUAUCCAAUAGCUGGGACCCCGAACUAUUUGAUCACUUCGCCCAAGGCCAAGUACUUCAGUAUCAAUCUUGAUAACGGAAAUAAAUUGGAAAUCACUGCCAACGGGCUCAGCGAACAGAACAAAUAUGUGCAAAGCGUCACAAUCAACGGAGCUGCACAUAACCAGAACUGGGUAGAUCACAGCACAUUAUUUAGCAAGGGAGGGUCGAUUGUGUUUGAAAUGACCAAUGAUCCCGUGGUGUGGGAGUCAGGCACAGCUCCACCAAGCGUGGGACAUGUGGAUAAAAACAAUUAG